GUGAUCGGAGGAAUCUGGUCCGGACAGGAGUACUGACGAUUGACGUGUUGACAGUGGUGACUACUUUCUUGCCACCAAUGCGCGGAUAGCCGGCCCAGACGCAUCGUGGCCACCCGUACGCUCAGCGCUCAUGAGCUGUUCCGGCCGCCUGAUCAACGUCCACGGCUUUCAUACGGAGCUUGAGGUCGCUUUGUGCGGAUCAGCAGCCGCAGACACGGCUUGCACUUUCGAGAUAUCACUCGAGUUGCGUCCAAAAGAUCAUGCUCGCCUCAUCCUCGACCCGUACGAAUUGCGACAGAAGCUGCCUCUCGGUCGAGCCGGAGGAGCUGGAAUACUUCACAUGCAAACCGUGGGCGAGAUAGAGCUAGAAGCGCCGCUGAUGUCGUACGAGACUCGCAACGGUAGCUUGACAAAACGCGGAGGGCUCAAGCCAACUUCGGCUGUGUACAUCAAACUGGGCCCUGUUGCUACGACUGAGAAGCAAUGCGCGAGCUCUGCCACAGUCGCUAUACCACUGCACAUGCGCUACCUGCCCGCGAGCAGUACUGGCAGCAUUGCCAACGAGAUCACCGUGCCUUUGCCGCGCGUGCAGUGGAUGUGUACUCGACCGCUUGCGGAACCUGAUACGUCUAUGACAGGAAGUAGCACACACAAAGUGCGCGACAUCCAGUGCAUCGGCGACCAAAUGAGCGUUGCUGUUCCCUUGGGCGAUAUGACUGACCUCGCGUUCAUUCGCUCAACGCAGACCAUCGUCAUCUUCUUCGCGACUUUGCUGCUGAUUGUGCAUACUUGGCAGACUUCGAGACGACUCGCUUACAACAGGCAGAAAACGGUUUGAGCUCAGACACUCGCUAAAGCUUUCGGAAGCGAUUCCUCACAUGGGCCUCGGAAGAGAAAAUCUGCCUCCUCGUCCCCGGGAGCUGCCUCAAGAUUGAACACUGCAAUCUUGGCACCGCCAGCUUGCGCUCUGGCCGCAAAUGACGCGGCCGGGUAGACGACAGAAGAGGUGCCUACGACAAGUAGAAGAUCGGUCCGACGCA